UGCGCCCGCGCGCAGCACGGUCGUGUGUCUCUCUCUCCACCGCCGGCCGCCUCUCCUCCAUCAGACCUGCCGCUCAGGGCGGACCGCUGACCGACACAGCGGCGAGGGAGGCAGGAAUGUGCGCCCACGCGCGCGUCGACGGCCGGCCCGCACGCGGCGCGACCAGAUAGCGAGGGAAGCCCCGCGAUGGACGCCGGCGCCCUGGUGGCCCCCGGGCCGGGCGGAUCGAUGGCGGCGUCGUCGCCCACGCGCGCCAUGGACUUCUACUCGUGCGAGGGCAAGGUGGUGCGUCGCGACGGCGAGGGCCGCUUCGGCUGGUGGCUGUCCGACCUGAGGUCGCAGUCGCAACCCGUCAUGGAGGUGCGCGUGGAGCCGGCCAGCGACGACGACGACGACGUCCGGUCCUCGUCGUCGUCGGACGACUCGGAGCUGGGCUCGCUGUUCGGCGAGCUCAGCCCGGCCGGCUUCCAGUCGCUGUCGCUGAUGCAGCGGCUGUCGCCGUCGGCGGAGGAGCUGUCGCGGCUGGUGUCGCGCUCGUCGCCCACGCACCGGCCGCUGGAGGCGGUGCUGAACGUGGGGCGGCGCGGGUCCUGCGAGGAGCCGGCGGCGGCCGAGUCCCCGCGCGCGGCGGACGCAGCGGCCUGGGGCGGCCGCGCGGCCAGCCAGUGGCACUCCUCGCCGCGCGGCCGCGAGCUCAACCGCUCCAGCAACGAGCUGGAGACGGCCAUGCGCAUCCUGCAGGGCAAGCUGCGCGCCGUGGAGGCCGGCCACCGCCAGAUGGUGCUGGACGUGGACAGCAUCCACCGCGGGCUGCAGGCGGAGAUCGCGACGACGACCCGCCUCACCAAGGCCGCGCAGUCGCUGGUGGAGGAGCUGCAGGACGUGCGCUACCUGGACGAGCUCAUCUUCAUGAUGGAGGGCCACCUGGACCGCAUAUCCCUGAGGGUGUGGCCCUUCACCACCGCGCACGUCUCCCUGGGGCCGGACACCUGCCAGGAGUACAACCUGGUCGUCUGACCGUCUGACCGUCUGACCCAGAGGCGAGCCUUACUACCACGACAGACAACUUGGACACUGUGUGCCUUUUUAAUUACAAGAUGAAAUAGUGACAGAGCAAAAUCUCACUCCUGCAACAGACAAUACGUAUGUAGUGUUCUUGCUACUGGCAGCAGUGAAAACAGAUCUCAUGUUUUGUACACAACAUUUUCUGUAUUUUUUUUUUAUUUACUAUGUCAGAAAUAAUAACAAUGUGUAGCAACACAAACAUAAAAAAAAAAAAAAAUUUACGUGCUCAUAUUGACAUUUGUUAACACUACUAAUGGUUUUUUGUGUUUGUUUUUAAGUAUGUACAUUCUUGUAAACAUUUUUUUAAAAAAUAAAAGACAUUUUAAAAACCAGAUUCAAUGCAUUGUAUAGCUGUGUCAGUAAAAUUAAAAUAUGCGAAAAAUUCAUAUGUACAUAAAAUGAAUACAAGAAACACGUUUCAGAAAAUAUAUUUGUUGGGCACUAUGAAUCAAAAAACGACCAACAGGAGUGAAUAAAAUCUUUGAGAGAUUCUUGCAAUUGGAAAAAUUAAUUUAAAGUUAUUACAUGUACAUACAUCAUUGCUGAUUUAUACUUGUUAUAGAAAAACCUCAUGGAUGGACAACAAACAUGAAUACAUACACAUGAGAACAAGCCAAUAUCAGCUGAUGUCAAAUGUUACAUGACUAGAUGGAACAGAUAAUUCCAUGGCAGGCGAACUCAAUGAUGAAACUUAACAGAUAGUAUAAAAUAUUACAAUCUAGUGUUGUCAAGAAGAUAAUCUGCUUAGUUUCAUUGUUGGAUUUGUCUGUGCAUUGCUCAUUCAUCCAAGAUUGUUUUUCUGUAUUCACUGUUCUUAUUGCUACUGGCUCAUCAUUCGUCAACCCACUGCAUUUGUCAGUGCUGUAAUUUUUUCUAAAUAAUAUCCUGUGUUCUCUAGACAAGUAACAUUUGACAUCAGUUAAUUGUGUGUUUAUGUUUAUGUAUUCAUCUUUGCUGUCAUUCUGAGGUUUUUCAUUGUCAUCCAAUAUAAUCCAGCACUGGUAUCUGUCCAUGAAAUUAUUUUAAACCAGUACUGAAUAAUUUAUAUAACAAAAAAAUGUUCAUCUACACAUUCUCGACAUGUCUACCGUACAACAAAGAGAAGUGAUAAGAUAAAUUAUUUGUUAAAAUAAAUUUUUAAUGCAGCAUGGGGAAGGAUGAUUAAUCUUUUUAAUUUAUGUCAUCCUUUUCUUUCCUUAGUCCAUCAUUUUUUUUCUGUUAAGUAUAAUACUUAUAUUAGGAAUAAUAUUAAGCUUAAGUACAACAGCUAGAAAUUGCACAAAUAUGUUUUUAUUCACUAAUCCAAACAUUCGUGAGAUGAACAAAAGUCAAAACAAACACCUUAUUCUUGACGUAGUAGUUGUUUGCAUGAAAAUGAGGUAAAAGUUAUUACCAUUAUUAUAAUUUUAGAAGUAGAUUAAUUAUGUGUGCAUAAUUUCAGAUCUUUCACACAACUGGAUUUAGUAUAUGCACUGUUAAAUAAAACCAAUUACUCCUGCUCUGAAAAAAUCUAAGCAAUGACUUAUUGCAUUGGUUAUUGCUAACGCACAAUACUUAUGCCAGAUUUCUUAUACCUGAUUAAAAAAAAGUGAAUUCGGAGAUGUAUUAAGACUUUUAAUGAAAACCUACCCCUUUUCCUUCCAAUAUGGAUGGAAUUUUAUAAAAAAAAAUUCAUAUGCAUGCUGAGUUUCUCUACUCCUGCUUCAGCAGUUUCUGGGGUAACAUUUUACUUAAUCAAACUAAACUUACUUCCUUUACACACAGUGAGAGAAGGAAUUUCACUGACAUAAAUCAUGAUAUUUAAU